UAGUAGAAGUAAUUGUGAAUAGUUACUUGAAACUUGUCAAAACUUGAAAGGCAACUGCAUACAUUCCACCAUUGAUCUUUGAGCCGUUUGUGCGAAGUAGAUAUUUUGCUGUUGAAAGUGUGUAAAAUUUAUUAACAAAAUGCCAGCUAAAGCAGUUUGUGUUAUUAAUGGAGACGCUCAAGGAACCGUCUACUUUGAACAAGAGAAUGACAGUUGUUCAGUUAAAGUAACUGGUGAAGUCACAGGACUAUCAAAGGGUUUGCAUGGAUUCCAUGUUCAUGAAUUUGGUGACAAUACCAAUGGUUGCACAUCAGCUGGACCUCAUUUCAACCCACACGGCAAGGAACACGGUGCCCCCGUCGAUGAGAACAGACACAUUGGUGAUUUGGGUAACAUUGAAGCAUCUGGAGAUGGUCCUACAAAGGUUUGUAUUGAUGAUGGCAAAAUCACCUUAUACGGUGCCAAUAGCAUUGUUGGACGCGCUGUAGUUGUACAUGCUGAUCCUGAUGACUUGGGCAAAGGUGGUCAUGAGCUGAGCAAAUCAACUGGAAAUGCUGGAGCUCGUAUCGGUUGCGGUAUUAUCGGCAUUUGCAAAAUUUAAAUGAACAAACUUUAUUGAACAAAUUGCAUUAAAAUAUUAUAUAUUCUUAUCAAAUGCAAAAUUUACUAAUAUGAUUUGUUUUAGACAUAGUUAUUAAAAUGGGUACCAUUAAAAAAAAAAUUAAAUAAAGUUAUGGUGAUUUGAAUCCACAAAUUAAAA